AUGACUGAUUAUACAAGACAUUUGGACGAAAUAACCAGAGAAGCCAGGCGUUUAUCGACAGAAAUAAUUCACGAUGCUCUAUUAGAAGGGAAUUUCGAACACGUUCUCAAGAUAAUGCAGCACUGGGAAGGUUACCAACGAAUUUCAGAUACCCCCAACAAGCUAAUGGACCAAGAAAUGCAAUUAUUCCUGCGGAAAAUAUCGAAACAAACCGAAAUCUUGCAGCUAAUCCGAACCGACGACAACGAAACGGUAAUUAACAAAUUAGAAGAGCGAUUACAGAGCAUUCACAAAUCGGUCAAGACCCACUCGUCAAUAAACGCCGGCGGUACCUUCGAAUGGGUCGAUUCCGUGUUAAUCCAGUGCCUGCGAACCGGCUCCUGGCUGUUGAUCGACAACGUGAACCUGUGCAGCUCGGCCGUUUUGGACCGAUUGAACGCCCUGCUCGAGCCCGGCGGCGUCCUCGCCGUCACCGAGCGCGGCGUCGACGCCGACGGCGACGUCGUCCAAGUCGCGCCCCACCAAGACUUCAGGCUCUUCCUCACCAUGGACCCCAAAAACGGCGAAAUAUCCAGAGCGAUGAGAAACCGCGGCGUGGAGAUCUACGUUUUGAACGACAACGAGCUGGAAUCCAGCAACAAAUUCGACCGCAUCAGCCUGGUGGAACUCGAAGGUUUAUCCAGCCCUUACACCGAACUAACCGUGGAUCUCCACGACGCCGUAUCCCAACUAAUAAUAGGCGAGAAACCCACGGUCAACGAGCUGGUGCAACUGGCGACUCUACUAGCCCAGAAAUUCAACCACGCGGUCGAUAAAACCGAAGCUUUGUUGGACACUUUAACAGAAGUUUAUUACAAGAGCAGAUCGCCCGGCGAAUUCGCCUGCGCCGAUUUCGCGGCGGCGAUGCGCGCGCAUAUCGCCUCGCCGGCGGUCGUCGAGCUCGCGCAGCGAUUCCUCAGCAUGAGGACGCGGGAGAUCUCGCGCGACGCUUCGAUGGAGCAAACCCGACAGCGAUCCGUCCUGCUGUUCGAUCGCUUACAGGGCGAUGAUUUAGCAGGAAUCGACGCGAGUUUGCUGCAUUUGCUAGUUAGCUUCUACUCGUCGGCUUCGCCGGAGGAUUUGCGCUUGAGGCACGCUUUCGUUAGGGAGAAAAUCGCGAUGGACGCCUCCGGGGAUUUCAAAGAAGCUUUGGUGUUGAUCAGCGAUCGAUUCUUCGGGUGUAUCGGCGGAUUCGAAUGCGACCAGGGGUUACCGGUGGAUAAGAAUUGGAUAUCUAGUAGAGUGUUGGAUGAUGCGAUGAGCAAUCGGGUGAAUUUGGGUUUGUACGCGCUGGUUCAUCAGGCGAGGGUUCAGCUCGAGUUGCAUUCGAAGUCGGGCGGGAAUUUGGAUUUCCGAGGGGUUUCGAAGCCUCCCAAAGGCAAGAACAUCACGCUGAUGGAGUAUGCUAGGUUGGUGCAACAGAGGAAGGUCGAGGAUAAGUUUAAUGAUGUCGUGGUGAGGAGUUACGCGGAUUUGCACGAUAAGUUCGAUUCGUAUUUGCUGGGGGUUUCGAGUAAAAUUAGCGAGUUGAGCGACGAUGGUUUGGUGGAAGUGUUCUACGCGAUAUUCUGGAGGUAUAAAUUUUUCUGUUGUUUCACCGGGAAGAUCAACGAUGAGGAUGUGAGAGACGUCGUGAAUAAUUUGUCGGUGCAUUACAAGUGGUUUUAUAAAUACUCUUUGAAGAAUUUGACGAGUCUUACGAAGGUGCCGAUCGAUGGUGAUUUGGAGCGUAUUUUGGUUGAUAUAAAUUCGAAAUUGGACAGGCAAUUUUCUACUAUGUACAAAUUGGCGAAGAACUAUCACAAAUCGAGCGAUCCUCCGCCGCCGUUCACCACGAAAGAGCAGCUGGAAAAUUCGAAAUCCGCCUACGAUUUGAUCUCCUUGUACGAUACAACCCGCAAAGGAAUCGACCCAAUCGCUGCGUUAAACGCUUUCAACGAUAAUCGGAGACUGCGAAGCGCCCUUUUGGAAUUAAAAUCGGCCGAAAACGUGCCGGAAUUGCUCGAGGAGUGCAAGCGAAUCGACGGAGGAGAAUCGCUAUCGAAAUUCCAGCUGCAAUUGGUGCCGAUUUUCGAUGUAUUCGCUCGACUCGAAAUCAAAACCGCCUUAUUCACCAACGACUCGAUCGACAACAAUUCGAUACCUAUAAACUUGGCAGCGGUGCUAAGGGUGUUUAGGGAGACCAACGAUGAUAGACUGUUGCACGAAAUAUACAAGUGUUAUUACAAUUACCUGAUGAAUUCGCCUUCGGUGAGGCCGGGGGCGUUUUUGGGCGACGAUAAGAACGCGGAAUUGAACGAAAUCAACCCGAAAUUGACCUACUUAUUAACCGGCUUGUUGUCGGACGUCGGAGAGGAAAAUUUCCGAAAAAUUACCCUCGAAAAUUUCAGAGAUUUAUCCACGCAAUACCGAUCGAUGCACUCGAUACUAUGGAGGAAUGUCUACCAGUUGUCGGAGAGGCGCUAUUCGUUUGUUCGCAUCGAAAAGGCCAACGUCUCGGCCAUUUACAACAAAUUCCUGACGAAUUUCUCAGAUUCGCUGAAAAUCGACACGAGAAUUCAUCAAUUUCCCAUCGAAUUAACAACAGCAAUCAUCGAGACUUUACAAUCGCUGGAAACCUCCCCGACUUUCGUGGACCCUCGACGAGAAAUCCAUCGAUUAGCCCACUCGCUGCUCAGAUGCUCCGAAAUUCACGCGAAAUUAACCGCCAGCGGCGAAACCACCGUCGCUUGCAUCGAAUUAAUAUCGGAAUUGUACAUGAGAAUCGGCGGCGCGAAGGCGGCUUUCCACGGCAAACUUCCCGCCGUCGAUCCGCUGAUGAAAAAAUCGAUCAAAAGGAACUACUGUCGGGAGGCCCGCGACGAUUUCGCCCUCGCCAAAACCUGCUACGAGAAUUUGAACCGGAUUUGCGGCUGCGACGAGACCACCAGCCAUCCCUACUGCAUCCCUUUGGAGAGGAUGAUGGGGAAAUUGGACCGGAAGCGAUCCGAUUUGAGCAAAUACGUGGCUUACAGACCGAAGGAUGUUUCCUACCAGUCCGUUUUUCAAGUGAUUAACCACGCUUUUUCUACCAUCAUGUCUGAAGAUUUGUUAGAAGACGAGAGAACUAACGCUAACUACCUAGAAAAAUUAACAAAUAAAGUUCCGAGCUACGAGAAUUUCAUACACGAAUUGAGCCAAUUCAGCGCCAGUUACCCCGACAUCGUCGAGCCGUUGCUGGGCAGCGCCUCGGAAUUCCUCUACGGGCUCAAAUUGCGCCUGUCUUGCUCGAAAUUUACCGCGGAGAAAAUCGAUUCCGAUCGCGCGAGAUUCGUGAACUGCUUGAUAGGAUUUCCGGUUAUCAACGAAACGUGCGAGAGUUACGAAUCCUACGUGGAGUUGCUUUGCAGUAAAGGAGUUGAAAGAUUUAUCGGUGAGGUUUUGGAUGAUUCGGAGCGACCUUACGUUAAGGAACAGGAGAGUUUCAGAAUGCUGAAAGUGGCCAUUCGAGAGAGUUUUAAUAGCGCUGUGGCGAAUUCGAAAAUCAACGAUAAUCUACUGACAUCGGAUUUCGAAAUUUUCGACGGUCUAAUAAACCGAUUCGUUGAAUCCUACAACGCCCAACAGGAACAAAACGAGAAGAAAAAAGAAGAAUCCGAAAGUUUGUACAAGAUCAAGACGAAACUGGACGAAAAAUCCGACGAAGAAAAACUCCAAGAAGAUUUGCAGAAGCUGUUCUCCAAUCACCACGACGCCGAUUUCUCGGAUUUCCAACGGACUUCCGAGCCAAUUCCAAUCGACGAUUCUUCCACCGUCAAUUACCAAGAGGUAAUUUCCUUCGAGGAUUUAAAGGAAGUGGUGCUGCUCCACACGGGGCUGCUCAGAAAUCUCACCAGAUGCGAAUGGCUGAAUCCUCGAGCUGCAGCGCUCGAGGCCGAUCAUCUGCGACCUCUGGCGGAGAAGUUCGAAACGUUUUCGAAAAUCUUAGGGAAGAUUAUCGCCGGUGUUAGUUGGACUUUGGACGAGGAGUCGACGGGGAGUUUGAAUAUUAUGCUAAAUGUUAAGAGGAAUUACGAACAAGCCGGUGUAGCUUCGAACGAUUUUUACAACGGUUCCAACGUGGAAGAAGUGAAAUCUUGUUACCAUAUUUUGGAGGAAUUGAAGGUUAAAAUCAACGAGUUGUUGGAGGAAUGGCCUGAUCAACCUACUUUAAAAACGAUUAUUACCGUUAUCGAGAGAAUUUAUACGUUCGAAAUAACCAGUCCUAUUUCGAGAUUUCUAACCGGCUUCGAGAUCCUUCUGAGCAAAUGCCACGAGUGGGAGGAAGUCGCCCAUUCGGGCGUCAGUUUGAGCCUGCACUAUCAGAGCCUCACCGCUCAAAUCGUCCAUUGGAGGAAACUGGAAUUGUCCAUGUGGAAGAAACUUUUACACCGAGUACACGACAGAUUGAACGAAUCCUUGCCGAAGUGGUGGUUGCAUUUGUUCAACACGCUGCACCAGUUCGUUUAUUCGAAGCGAUUGGGCGAGAAGGAAUUGAUCGAAACCCUGCAGACUUUCAUCGCCAAAUCGAGCUUGGCGGAAUUCCACGGUAGAUUGGAUUUGUUGUACGUGUUCCAUUGUCACGCCGUGAUUCUAAACAGAAACGUGAAUUGCGAGGCGUUUAUUAACGUGCUGUGGAACACGUUCGUGUAUUUCCGGCAAUUCGCGAAGAAUAUCGAUAGAGGAAUCGAGGAUUCGAGGAAGCCGGUGGAGAAGAAAUUGAAGGAUUACAUAAAAAUCGUGCGGUGGAAGGACGUUAAUUACUUCGCUAUUAAGGACACCGUGGAGAAAUCGCAUAAAAUGUUGCACAAAUACAUGAAGGAGUAUCAGGAGAAGUUGGAGCAACCGGUUAUGCCGUAUUUACAUAAUGUUAUUAAUCCAGAAAAUGCUUCGAACGCUAAAGGAAUAACCGAAAUCGACUCUACUCAUUAUUUAAACGAAUUAGAAAAACACAAAGCGAAUUUAGCAGACCUCAAGUUAAACGUAAAAAACAAAUUUUUGCACUGCACAGAAAUCUUCACCGAUAUACUAAAGAGUUCUUCAUACGGAAACAACGUUAAAAAAUUGAAUAAUUUCAUUAGUAACAUCAUCGAAACAAGCACCCACCUGCAACAGUUAGAGGUGGACACAACUUUGGAAAGGAAAAAGCAAAAAUCUCAGGCCAAGCAUAUUUUGCAACAGAAACACCGCGCUUUGGCCGAUUUGUUUAAAGCGCUCUCUAAAAUGGGUUUAUCAUACAGAACCGGUUUAGUGGAGACUAAAACGAAAGAUCUUACGGCGGAUUUCCUCCUGAAACCAGUCGAUUUGAGAGCUAAUUGCGACUACCAUUCUUACAGAUCCGAGGAAUACAAGAGAACUCUGAUCGAGUUGUGGGAAUCAGCGGAAACUUAUUAUGUUAAAUCUUUGAUGAGAUUCGACGUCCUUUCCACAGCUCUAAAUAGCCCAUCCAAGGACCUCGGAAUGCACAAUGUGGAAAGAUGUAAAGGCUUUGGCUUCCAUUUAUUGACGCUGGUACAGAAACAAAAAGUCGAUCUAACUGAAGCAAGUAGAGCUUAUUUCAAGAUAAAAACCCAUCAAAAUCAGCUAAAAACAUUCCUGGAAGGAUCCGAUUACAUUCCCUUGGAGUUGACCGACGAAAUCGUAUCGUUAUUGACCAAAUUAACGGUAAUUGUAGAUCAAUAUCGAAUGGUUUUGAACGCUUGUCCCGAAGAUGAUGCAUUGAACGAGGAUAUAUCGGGAGUACCUGUACUGAAAUCCGAAGUGGAAUGCAGGAUAACCCGACGAAACGACGAAUUGUGGAUCAAAACCACGAAUUUAUUGAAUACAAUGCGCAAAAAAGCCGAUAUUAUUGCCAAGGAUUUGAUUAAAUCCAAAGCGGAUGUUCCAUCUCUAGCGCCUUCGACUCUAACAAACAGAUAUGUUUCUGUGAAACAUUCGAACGAACUAAUCGACGAUCUGCAAGAUUUAAUCGAAGAUUCCAAAGUGAUUAGGGGAAUAUUUAACAACAUUAAAUUGACCGCCAGUCUCGCCUAUAUCGAAAAGGAAAUCGAUUCAAAACAGCGACUAAUAAAGGAAUCGAAACACCAAUUAGCACCAUUAAAAAUUGACGAUUUAAAAACCCAAUUUAAGAGCUUUACGAGAGCAGUUUCAUCCCUCACCAAGAAACUGAAAGAACGCGCGAAGGAAGAUCAGAAACAACCCGACGAAGAAGAAGAAUCAGAAGAAGUUAUCGAAGAACACAUCAAAAAGCAUUUAGUGGAAAACAUUUCCGACGAUUUGAAGCGCUUGAAUUUGAACCGACUCGUCGCCGUUACCGAAACCGCCAUUGAAUUCCUACUAAAAACCAACCCCGAAGCUACGACAGAAAUCAAACCGAUCGCCAAGCAAUUCCUGCCUCUUCUCGAACAACUAACGUUGAUCCUGGGCUAUUACAUCGCCCAAUUGGCGUCCAGUUACAGAGCCACGUCCAAAUUGUGCUCGAUUCUGCUCAACAUCUUCAUAGAACUAGCCUCGAAAGGUUUUUGCAUACCGCCGGAAUUCUCCGAAGAAUUCGACGAAGAGGGCAUCAGCAAACCAUCGGACGGAAUGGGUUUGGGCGAAGGGCAAGGAGAAAGAGAUGUAUCCGAUAAAAUCGAAUCCGAAGAUCAGCUGGACGACGCCCAACCGGCCGGCCAGGAAAAGGACAAAGGCGAUGAUAAAGACUGCAAGGAGGAGGAAAAGGGAAUCGAGAUGAGCGAUGACUUCGACAGCAAACUUCAAGAUAAAGAAAAGAACGAUGAUGAUGACGAUGAAAGCGAAAGCUCCGGAGACUCGGACGCCGAAGAGCAAAUGGGCGAAACCGACAAAGGAGCAGAGCAAUCGAACAAAGAAACCUUCGGUGAUGACCAAGAACUAGAAGAAGAUGGACCUGAUAGUGAAGAUAAAGACGAGAAAGGUAACGGCGGAGAGAAAGCCGGCGAAGACCAACUGGGAGCCAGCGAAGAGCAAUCCGAAAAGGAGAAAAACGACGACGAAGACCCCACCGACGGCAAAGAGAAAAACCACAAGGAAAUCAACGAGAUGGAGGAGCCCGAAUACGACGACAACCAGAUCGAUCCUCAUCACGGCAACCAGCCGGAGUUGCCGGAACCCGAGCCCAUGGAUUUACCGGACGACGUGCAGCUCGACGAUGGCGAUCCGAACGAUGAAAACGAUCAGAAUCAAGAGGAAAAUCCGUUCGAUAUCGACACCAUGAAAUCCGACAACGCGCCCGACGAGAAAGAGGAGGACACACCGGAGGAGAAUCCGGACGAACGGGCGAAAGACGACGAAAGAAACUUCAGCAGCGAUGAUGAAGACGUGGAGAAAGGCGAAAACCAGGACGAGCAUCUUGAAGAAGACGCCGCUCGAAAAGAAAAAUCAAACGAAAAAGACGAAGAAGCCGAUGAUGAAUCGGAUGUUGCAAGCGAAAUUGGUAGCGAAUCCGGCUUGGAUAACACUCAAAGUAAUCAAGAUAACAUCGAAGCGAUGGAUGUCGAUGAAUCCGAAGCUGCCGAUAAGGCUCAAGCUAGCAAAUCGAACCAACAAUCGAACCAAUCCACCGAGGAGGUUCAGCAAGAAGACAAACCUGAUCAAGAGGGCGUCGGGCAGGCGCAAAUGGAGGAGAGCCGAUCCGGUCACGCCGCUCAAACAUCGGCUCCGCAGGAGACCAAAACGGCCAAAGACAACGCCGAGGAAGAGCGGAAACGAAGGCGCAAACCCGGCGAAUCGGAUUCGAAGAGAAGCUUAGGCGACGCCGAUCAACCGGCGAAGAAGAAACUGAAAACCGUCGAUACCGAAGCGAAUAACGACGGCGAUAACGUUGAUGAUGAAGCUGAGGAGUACCAGCAUAUUCGCGAGGCAGAAAAGACCAAAACUCAGGUUCUCGAUGUAGCCACUAAAGAACAAGCGGAAAGCCAACGCAAAGAACUCCGCCACGAUGAGGAAAAUGCAGAUGAGGAAGAUGAAACGUUGGAAGCAUCCAAAGAUGUACCGUCAGAUGAAGAACAAGACAUCGAGCAAAUUAUAGAUAAUACAGUUGAACCAGAAAAAACCGGCGAAUCGCUGGAGAAACGCAAAACCAAACAGCAACAUCCAGACGGCGACAUCACCGAAGAUCUACAAGACGUCCGAAUCGAUGGAGAAAUCGUCGACACCCAAACAGUCGCCCGAAACACAGAAACCACCCAUCACACCCAAUACGCCAGCUUCAAAGACAAAACCGCCGCGAGAUUAUCCGCCGAAGAACUCAACGAUUUAAGAACCCAAGUAGAAACACAACUAGCCGGCUGGAACGACCCGCCCAGCACCUCCGAAGCCGACCGAGCCUGGCAAAAGAUAUCCUCCAUAACGUCCUCGCUCGCCCAAGACCUCUCCGAGCAACUCAGACUGGUCCUGGAGCCCACGCAAGCCACCCGAUUGAAAGGCGACUAUCGAACCGGCCGCAGGAUAAACAUGCGAAAAGUCAUACCGUACAUAGCCUCGCAGUUCCGCAAGGACAAAAUCUGGCUGCGCAGGACCAAACCGUCGAAGAGGGACUACCAAAUCGUCCUGGCCAUCGACGAUUCCUCCAGCAUGUCGGACAACCGCUCCAAAGAGCUGGCGUUCGAGAGCGUCGCGCUGUUAUCGAAGGCUCUGACUCUGCUGGAAGCCGGCCAGCUGGGCGUGCUCAGCUUCGGUGAGAAGGUGGAGAUUAUACACAAGCUCGCGGAGCCUUUCACCGACAGGAGCGGCGUGAAGCUGUUGCAGAGGUUCCAGUUCGACGAGAACAAGACGGCGGUGGGCCGGCUGGUGGACUUCGCCGUGGAGAUGUUCGAGCAGGGAGGCGGAGGCGGCGGAGGCGGCGCCGCGAGGUUGCUGGUGAUCGUCGGGGACGGGCGCGGGGUGUUCUCCGAGGGCGAGGAGCUGGUGAGGGGGGCGGCGCGGCGGGCUAGGCUCGCCGGGGUGUUCGUGGUGUUCGUGAUCGUGGAUAGCGCGGACGGGGGCGGGUCGAUUUUGGAUAUCAGGAUGCCGGUGUUCGAAGGGGGGCGGUUGCGGGAGAUUAGGAACUACGUGGACGAGUUUCCGUUUUCGUUUUAUAUUAUUUUGAGGGAGAUUAAGUCGUUGCCGAGCGUGCUGAGCGACGCCCUGAGGCAGUGGUUCGAAAUGCUGUCCAAUGUAGAUACUUAAACGUUCGUUGUUAGAUUUAUAUAAUUAGUUGUUUUAAAUGCUUAAAUAAAAAUAAUGGCAAGUUGUUUGUGAUUAGUUCCUCGUGACCUACUACUCUAUAUUUUCGAUAGCCACAUGUCCAGAAAUUAAAAGAACUGAAUAGAAAACAUCCAUCACGGAAUCGACAUAUUAACCUAGAUAGACGAUUCGAAAACGCAUCGAUAUUAAUUUAUGUCGGGCAGGCAAAUUACCGGCUAUCCGAAACGCUUUACAGUCGAGAGUAGCGAAAUAGGGCGAGUUUUUUUUGUGUUUGUAAAGAGGUAAAGGGGACACGAAAAUGUACACACGGUAAACGUUUUGAAUAAUGAAUAAAAAUGCUUCGUUUACGCUAUGUUUACGUUGGGUUCGUUAGGAGACAGUUGGGGAUCAAGUGGAGUGUUGUAAGAUUAAUUGAAAAUGUCAGGAGUACUAUUAAUAAUUAAAUAAAUAUGCAGGGUGUUAAUUAAUUGAAUGCCGAUACUUUAGAAUGUGAAUAUUUGGAUGAUUUCAAGAAGUACAUCCCCCAAGUAGUUCCCCAAAUACAUCCUGAAGUAUCGUUACUCA